AUGGACUAUCCUGAUGAUGAUUAUGAAAAUAAUAACCCAUUUGCAGAACCUACUAAUAAUAUAAAUCAACCUACAGAUCAACCGGUCCUACAGCCAUCAAUUAUAGAGCAUCAACAACGAGAAGAAAUCAAUAAUCAAGAUGAUUCAGAUCAACUACUAAAUCAAAUUGAUUUGAAAAAAUUAUUACCUGAAAGAUUCACAAAUAAAUAUCUGUUAACUGUAAAAUUAGUUGAAAUUGAAAAGAAUAAACCUGGAAAUCCAAUUUUAAAAUUAGAUUUUGAAGUUAAAAAUUUACCAAGAUAUAGACAAAAUAAAUAUAAAGAUGUACGUCGAACUUAUAAUGAAGUUGUUAAAUUUAAUAAAUAUUUGACAAUAUCAAAUUUAGAAUGUUUUGUACCUGUAAUACCAUCAUCAACUACAUCAUAUCCAGCAAAUGGUGAAGAUGAAAAAAAACAAUUGAAAAAUUUAUUUCAAGAAUGGUUUAAUAGAAUUACAUCAAAUCCAAUAUUAAUAAGAGAUGAAGAAUUUGUUUAUUUUAUUGAAAAUGAUUUUGGUUAUUCAGUUAUAAAUUCAAAUAAAAAACAAUCUGUUGCAAGUGGAUUAAUGAGAAAAACUUUAAAACAAUUUGCAAUACCAUAUGAUCCAUAUCAAGAAUUGGCAAGUUUUAGACCAAUAAUUAAGGAUUCUUAUCUUAAUUGUCAAAAACUACAUAAAUUAUAUGAUAAAAGUUCAAAAAUUGAAAAACAAUUAUCUAUUCAUACUUAUGAUAUGUCUAAUAAAUUAAAUGUUUUAGCAGAUUUUGAAACUACUCAUCCUGGAAUGAAAAAUAUGUGGGAAAAAUUAAGUAAAAUUGUAUCACUUCAAUCAGAUUUAUUAUUAAUUGAUUCAAUAAACGAAAAUGCUAUAUUAGGAGAUAGUUUUCAAAAUUUAUCAAAUGAUUUUUAUGAAGUUAAAGAAGCAUUAACUAAUAGAUAUUUAAUUAUGAGAGAAUUAGUACAAGCUGAAUCACAAACAAAAUCAAAACAAAUUCAAGCAAAUAAAAUUAAAAAUAAAUCUUCAUUAGAUCCAAUAAAAGUUGAUGAAGCAUUAAGAUCAUUAGAAUAUGUACAAAAAGUUCAAGAAUCUUUAACAUUACAAAUUCAAAGAAUAUCUGGAGAAAUGUUAUUUGAAAGAAAAGAAGUCAUUGAUUUUACUGAAGACAAAUUUAAAAAAUUAAUAAAGAAUUAUGUACUACAUAAAGUUGAACAUCAUCGAAAAAUUUUAAAACAUUUUGAAAGUAUAAGAUUAGAUGUUAGAAGUGUUGAUUCAAAAGGAGGAUUAUCAAGAUUAAAUAGAGAUAAUUUAACAAAUUUAAAACAUAAUGUAAUUCAAUCUCAAUCAUCAAAAGGUGAUUCAUGGACAUCAAGAACAUUUAGAUCUUUAGAAAAGGAAGAAAAAGCUAAAGAAGAGGAGAAGAAAGAACAUAAGAUUAAUGCAUUACAACUGACAUCUGUUGAUGCUAAAAAUGCUGCUAGUUUAUUAGGUGUUGCAACAUUUUGA